UUUAGUGAAGUGUUGAAGUUUGUCAUCAAAAAGGAAUUGAAGUGUACAUCUUUCGUACCAAUUUUGUAGCAAUGCUAUCAACACAGUCUUUCUUUGAAACACAACUCCGGAUACAACUAGGCUCAAAGCUGUUCCACAUGAGUCCACAUGCUUUGAACGGCUCUGGAUGCGGGAUGCAGAACGACUCUGGAUGCGGGAUGCAGUUGUGUUUUGAAAUUGUGUCCGGAACUGUGUAUUAAAGGUGUGUUGGUAGCAUUGCUCGUUUAAAGAAAUCCUACUCCCCCUCUUCUUGCUUCAUCUUAGAAAACCAAGCUCUGUUUUUGUUGGAGGAGAAAUGGAGGACAGCAACCAUACCAUCCAGAUGCCAAGAGUGAAACUGGGUUCACAAGGGCUUGAGGUUUCUAGAUUAGGCUUCGGCUGCGCGGGACUUUCUGGAUACUACAAUGAUCCUCUCUCACACGAGGCUGGAUGUUCAGUUAUAAACGAAGCUUUUACAAAUGGUGUUACCUUCUUCGAUACCUCCGACUUGUAUGGAGAAAAUCAUGACAAUGAGAUACUUCUCAGCAAGGCUCUAAAGGAGCUUCCUCGGGCAAAGGUUCAGUUAGCCACAAAGUUUGGGAUUAUGAGUUUAGAAGGUGGUAAACAUGCUGUAAAGGGUACCCCUGAAUACGUAAGGCAGGCCUGUGAAGCUAGUCUUAAACGACUUGGAACUGACUACAUCGAUCUCUAUUAUCAGCACCGUGUGGAUCCUACGGUGCCAAUAGAGGACACUAUGGGAGAGCUGAAAAAGCUUGUGGAUGAGGGAAAGAUAAAGUACAUUGGGUUAUCUGAAGCUAGUUCAGACACCAUGAGGAGAGCCCAUAUGGUUCAUCCCAUAACCGCUAUUCAAGUGGAGUAUUCCCUAUGGACUCGUGACAUUGAAGAGGAUAUAAUCCCACUCUGCCGAGAGCUGGGUAUUGGAAUAGUGGCUUAUAGCCCUCUUGGCCGCGGCUUCUUUGGUGGGAAAGCCGUUGUUGAGGCAUUGCCAGACAAUAGUUUAUUGCCUCACUGGCCAAGGUUUACCGGAGAGAAUCUAGAGAAGAACAAACAACUAUAUGACCGUCUAGCCAACCUUGCUGCAAAGAAAAGUUGCACCCCUCCACAACUGGCAUUGGCAUGGCUUCUCCACCAAGAAGACAAUAUCGUUCCCAUCCCGGGGACAACCAAGGUUAAGAACCUUCAUAAUAACUUGGGAGCAUUGUCACUGAAGCUAACUGAAGAAGAUUUGAAAGAAAUUUCUGAAGCAGUUCCCAUUGACGAAGUGGCUGGUGAAAGAGACGCGGAUUCCGUUAAACAAUACUCUCGGAAGUUCGCAAACACCCCAGAAAAAUGUUGAAUAAAACUGCAGAUCAAUGGAGUUAUGGAGCUUGUACUUAUGUACCAUCUUAUGGCUUUUUGUGUUUGGACACAAUACUUGGUGCUGAUAAUUUAUAGAACUAUAAUAGGAUGAUAGACUGCUGUUUGAAUUUUAUAUCUACACCGUGGAUUGGGAAAUCCUGUAGUGCAAGACUUUGCAAGGCAUCCUGUAGGGCGCACACAGGUCAUCGAUCUUGACAAUGAAUGGUUGAGAUAUGAUUUUUAAUUAUGACAAGUAAAAAUCAUAUAUUACCGAUCA